GUACAGUCUUUGAAAGAUUCCAUGUCAAAGUCAUAUAAAUGAAUGUUCAAUGAACAUUCAUGAUCUUAGAGCACCUUUUCUACCUUUUGCACCUUGGAUUUCUUGUAUUUAGGGAACUGUUCUCUUCGUCUUCUUACAAUACACAAACAACACUUCGACUAAUCGGUUUGUCAACCUUACCUCACUGAACAUUUCUCAACACAAUUGCAUGGCAUUCAUCCGCAGCCUUGAUCUUAUCUAACCCCUCACCCUACUGCAUUACCAGCGAAACUUCAACCGUCUCCGAGCCUGAAAGAGAUAGACCAUAUCAAAACGUGUAUUCUGAGGAACUGGGAAGUCAGAGGAAACCGAAAGACUUUUAAAGAUGAUUUCUGGUCGUGGUAGAACUAGGAUUCGUGCGCCUCGGAGGGUAUGUAUAGAUUCACCUCUUUCCACUUCCAUACCUACCUGUCUAGGUCCCCCAUACUUCUUUCUCUUACAAAACCUGCCUGCCCCUUCUGGCAAAUGAAUAUCUUAAUAAACUUUCAAAACUUUGUUUGCGCCCAGGUUAGAAACCGAACAGUAAUUCACAAUGCCUCCCACUCCAGGACAGUCUUUGGAUGCGGCCAUGGCACAUGCUAUCAAUACAAGUCAGAUGGCUUUUGGACGUGCCGGUGAAAAGAACGAAUUCGAAAUCCAAUGGGAGAUUUUACAAAAUGCACUUCAGGAAAUCCAUGAAAAGAAUGCAGGAACACUUUCGUUCGAACAACUAUAUCGGGCAUCUUAUAAAAUCGUACUGCGAAAAGAUGGAGAUUUACUAUAUGAACGAGUCAAAGUUUUCGAGGAGCAAUGGUUCGCUGGGAAAGUCAUGCCAACGAUUAGGAAAUUGAUUACUUCAAAUCUGGUCAAUGUUGCUGCUGGUGGCGUCUCUGGAACGGCCGCAAACGAACGACGACUUACCGGCGAACAAUUUCUAGAGGGACUAAAGGCUUCAUGGACGGAUCACAAUUUAUGCAUGGGUAUGACAACUGAUGUUCUCAUGUAUAUGGAUCGAGUUUAUUGUGGCGAUAAUCGCAAGGCUUCAAUUUACACUACGGCCAUGGGACUUUUCCGGGAUCACAUUUUACGUUCGCCACUUCUGGACAAUUCAAGCAUGAUCACUUUCGAUAUUUUAAAUUCGGUUAUAUUAGAUCAGAUUGGAAUGGAGAGAGAAGGUGAUGUCAUCAAUCGACAUUUGAUCCGGUCGGUCAUUUAUAUGCUAGAGGGUCUAUACGAAACCGACGCAGAGAACGAGAGUGAUAAGCUAUACCUUACGGUUUUCGAACCUGCAUUCCUGCAAGCUAGCAGAAAGUUUUACCAAGCAGAAUGUCAAACUUUACUAAGGGAUUCACCUGCUGGUACCUGGUUACGUCAAGCGAAGAGACGGCUCGAAGAGGAAGCUGAUAGGUGUGAUACGACUAUCGCGCAUUUCACAAGCAGGAAGAUCCAAAAAGUUGUCGAGCAAGAAUUGAUCAGCAGUCAUCUGAAUGAAUUUCUUGCGAUGGAAGGAAGUGGUUUGCAGGCUAUGAUCGAAAACGACCGAUUUGAAGAUUUAUCUAUUCUAUAUCAACUUAUCACUAGGAUAGAUGCAGGUAGAGGACCACUGAAAAUUGCACUGCAAGGUCGUGUGGUACAACUCGGUUUGGAAAUCAACAAAAUCAUUGCCAGCGGUGAAUUUGAAACUCCUGUCGUAGCUGAGGAUACCAAGCCCGAGGCAGAAGAGGAUGAAGCUGAAGGUGCGAAGAAGAAGGCUAAGCCAAUGAAUGCUGCCGCGAAGCAAACACUCGCAGCUAUCAAGUGGGUGGACGAGGUCCUUCAAUUGAAGGAUAAAUUCGACAAUAUGUGGAAAAAAUGCUUCAAUGAAGAUACCAUUCUGGAAACUGCCAUCACUAAGAGCUUUUCGGAUUUCAUUAACCUUUUCGAUCGAUGUUCCGAGUACGUCUCCUUAUUUAUUGACGAUAACCUCAAGCGUGGCAUCAAGGGCAAAACCGAGGUUGAGAUCGACGAAGUGCUAGACAAGGCCACCACUUUACUUCGAUAUAUUCAAGACAAAGAUAUGUUUGAGAGAUAUUACAAAAAGCAUCUUGCGAAACGUUUACUGCUCAAUAAAUCCGAAAGUACUGAUGUGGAGAAGCAAAUGAUUUCGCGAAUGAAGUUGGAAAUCGGGAAUUCAUUUACGACUAAGCUGGAAGGCAUGUUCAAGGAUGUCACCAUGUCCGAAGAACUUACCCAGAACUACAGAAACCACAUCAACAACCUCGGAGACAAGGAUCAUAAACAAAUCGAGCUGUCUGCUAUCGUUCUUUCUACCAAUUGUUGGCCUACAGAAAUUAUUGGUGGUAUUCCUUCAUCAGACGAGGGACCCCGACAAUAUUGCAAUUGGCCUCCAGAAAUGCAAAAAUUACAAGAUUCAUUCAAGGCAUUCUAUCUCAAAGAUCGAAAUGGUAGAAUGUUGACCUGGUUAGGUAAUCUAGGAAAUGCUGAUAUUCGAUGUUAUUUCCCAGCCAUCCCAGGAGAAACAGGUCCGAAGAGUAGGGAAAGAAAGUACGAAUUAAAUGUGAAUACUUAUGGCAUGAUCAUUUUGAUGCUUUUCAACGAUCUACCAGAUGGUGCAACUUUAUCGUAUGAAGAAAUUCAGGAACGCUUAAAUAUUAGCGAUAAAGAAUUACCACGUGCUUUGAUGCAACUCUCUGGUCCACCAAAAUCUCGAGUUCUUCUCAAGAAACCCGGAAAACCCAAUGAAUUACCUACAAUUGGUGAUGUUUUCACAUUCAAUUCCAGUUUUGUUAGUAAAUCUCAUAAGAUUAAGGUUCAAGCAAUGGGUGGACAAACCAGCAAGGUCGAAGGCGCUGAGGAAAGAAGAUUGACUGAGGAAAGAAAUGAUGAACAUCGAGGAAAUGUUAUGGACACAGUCAUUGUUCGAAUCAUGAAAGCACGUAAAGAAUUUCCUCAUCAACAACUCGUUACAGAAGUCAUUUCACAACUUGCACAACGCUUCCAGCCUAAUAUCAAUAUGAUGAAACGACGUAUUGAAAGUUUGAUCGAAAGAGAAUAUUUGGAAAGAAUCGAAGAUGCUAAAGUACCCACUUAUAAGUAUUUGGCUUAAUCUUCCCAUAUUCUUUCUUUGUACCAGGUAAUUCCAUGGGGUUGGCUGGUUGAAUAGAAUGUAUUCAUGGAGUGGAGCGAGUGCGUUUGGGGGAUCUCUGGGAAAUUACAAGUUCUUCUUUCCCUUCUUUUGUGCUUUUCGGCUCAUUAGACUUGACUUGAUAUGAUAGAUCAAGUCAAGUCAUUUCACAUCAUGUUCAUAGGAUUGCAUAGCAUUUGUAAACUGGUGCAAGGUACUGGUUGGUGCUGGGGUGUUGAAAAAGGGUAUGGGAAAUGGGAAUGGGAGAUGAAUAAUUUUUUGAUCUUCAUUUCUUUUUAUGAAAAGAAAGGCGUAUGGUAUGAUAUGAUACACUUAAUGGUAUGCUGCAUAGAUGAAUAAACGAAUGAAUGGAUGGGAAUGCUGAGAUGGGAUGAGAUGAAAUGAAAUGAUAAUGAGAUGUGGAAUUGCGUGCAUGGAGGUGUUGAACUGUGAUCGGCUCUCUCUCUGUGUGUGUUUGUUUGUGUGUGUGUAUAUGUGUGUAUGGGAGGGGGAAGAGAGAAAAUGCAUAGAUAACUAGCUAGCUAGGUAGCUAAUGAGUACACGAGGCGGUCUUGAGAACUAAAUCCUAGAUUUUGCAUCUUGUGUGUUGUGUGUUGAAGAUCAAUGAACUGA